UCAGGAAGUAUUAUGAGCGGGGCGAGCUGCAAAGCAAACGGCGCCGUGUACCCCGCCUCAUCAGCGAUGAUGAACUCUGUGAAGAAGCCCAAGAUGGAGCAGAUUCAGGCCGACCAUGAGCUCUUCCUGCAGGCCUUCGAAAAACCUACUCAAAUAUAUAGAUUUCUCCGCACAAGGAACAUAAUUGCUCCUAUCUUCUUGCACAGAACUUUGACAUUCAUGUCUCAUAGAAAUACCCGAACAAACAAAAAAAGAAAAUCUUUCAAAGUGGAUGAUUUGAUGAAGAAAGUGGAAAAAAUGAAGGGACACCCUGACUCGCCAAACAUGUCUUCACAUUUACAGCUAACAUUUACUGGAUUCUUCCAUAAGGACGAAAAGCCAUCACAGAAUUCAGAAAAUGACCAGAGUUCAGUUUCUUUAGAGGUGCUACUUGUCAAAGUCUGCCAUAAAAAAAGAAAGGAUGUCAGUUGUCCAGUGAAGCAAGUGCCUACAGGUAAAAAGCAGGUGCCUUUGAACCCUGACGGUAACCAAAACAAGUCCGGAUCCUAUCCUUCCUUAGUCGUCUCCAGCAAUGAAUUUGAGCCCAGCAACAGCCACAUGGUGAAGUCCUAUUCACUCCUGUUCAAAGUGUCACGCACAGGGAAGAAGAAUGGCACUAAUCUGGUCAAUGGUCAGGCCAAUGAGAAUGUCGAUGUUACUGAUACACCGAGCAGAAAGAAGAGAAGUUCAUCACAUAGAGAAGAAGGUUUGACCACAGAGACGUAUAUUGCACAAAUGACUGUUUUUGAUAAGAACAGAAGAUUGCAGCUGUUGGAUGGCGAGUAUGAAGUGUCAAUGCAAGGAAUGGAAGACAGCCCUGUUGGCAAGAAGCGUGCCACAUGGGAGACAAUCCUGGAUGGAAAGAGACUUCCACCUUUCGAGACCUUUUCUCAGGGACCCACAUUGCAGUUUACUCUGCGCUGGACAGGGGAUGUUAAUGGAAAAUCUACUGGUUCUGUGGCCAGACCGCUCUCUACUCGCAACUCUGAGACCUUCACUCCCAUGGAAACUAGAAACAGCAACCACAGAGCACUUAUGAUGAAGGAGUCGGUCAAUGCAGACGUUCACUCAAAAAAAGAUAAUUCCCAAUCUGAACCGCGACAGAAAUUAAGGAUAUUUUAUCAGUUUUUAUACAACAAUAACACAAGGCAGCAGACAGAGGCCAGAGAUGACCUUCACUGUCCUUGGUGUACGUUGAACUGCAGAAAGCUCUACAGCCUUCUCAAGCACCUCAAACUCUCCCACUCACGCUUCAUCUUCAACUAUGUGCCUCAUCCCAAAGGAGCAAGGAUAGAUGUGUCUAUCAAUGAAUGUUAUGAUGGUUCAUACGUUGGCAACCCUCAGGACAUCCACAGCCAACCGGGCUUUGCUUUUAGUCGCAAUGGGCCCGUCAAGAGAACAGCUGUCACCCACAUUCUAGUCUGCAGACCUAAAAGGACCAAACCAAGUCUGUCAGAGUUUCUGGAGUCUGAAGAUGGAGAGUUGGAGCAACAGAGGACUUAUGUGAGUGGACACAACCGUCUGUACUUCCACAGUGACAGCUGCAUGCCUCUGCGGCCUCAGGAGAUGGAGGAGGACAGUGAAGACGAGCGCGACCCAGAGUGGCUCAGAGAGAAAACUGCUACGCAACUGGAUGAGUUCACUGAUGUAAAUGAGGGUGAGAAAGAGGUGAUGAAGCUUUGGAACCUGCAUGUUAUGAAGAAUGGCUUCAUCGCUGAUAACCAGAUGAGCCAGGCCAUAAUGCUUUUUGUGGAGAGCUGUGGAGCUCACAUCGUACGGCGUAACCUGUGUCGUAACUUCCUUCUUCACCUCGUGAGCAUGCAUGACUUUAACCUGGUCAACACCUCCACCAUCGACCGGGCAAUGUCCCACCUGAGACAGAUGCAAGAGGAGCUCAAAGACACAGAGGAGCAGGAUCCAUCACUGUCGGCAGGCGCCUGCAAUGGCACUGCCAUCACCUCCAGUGGUGGCAAACAGGGCAAGAGGACAAAGAGCUCCCUCACAGACUGACCCUGGUGUGGGGACAAUAGUGUUGUUAUGACCCUAUGGUGCUUAGAUAGGAGAUCGUGUAAAGAAGCUCUCAACACAACAUGAGCAAUUUGUUGAAACUUUGAAGUUUGAACUGAACCAAAAGGAAAAAAAAACAACAAAACAACAAAACAACUUGAACUAAAUUACCCACAAUAUCCAGAAAUAUUAGGGCUUAAUGAAUUUACUCAAGGACUGAGUAUUGCAUCUACAAGGGGCCAUUGAUUUCUUGUCAAAUUAAGUAAAUCGCUAACUUCAUGGUGUGGUGUAACUGCCUUUGGUGUGUUUGUUAUAAACAACUGUAAUCCAGUUACAGUUAAACUGUUCUGGUAUCCCUGGUACCCUGUAUUUUAACCACACUAUAUCCUUGUUCAAAUGUAUCCUUUGAUUAUUUUAGCACUUGAUAUUUGUAUGUAGAAAACUUAACAUCAUUUGUGUGCUGAUGCAGCACAUACUUUCCACUGUUAAACAUGUGAAAUUGAAAUGAGGCCUGUAUACAUUACAGCCUUCUAUUGACUUACAGUUACAAAGUAUAUUAAGAUUCUGUUAGGGCUGGUUGUCUGUUUUGCCUUUGAGUUGUGACAAAAUUAUAUUGUAAUAUUGUGACGCUGGACGAUAGAACAAAUUCUUAUUUGUGUCCAGGCUAAAAUCCACUCUUCAUCACCCCAGGCCUUUUGGCACUCAUUAUUUUAGCUCAAGGAAAGCCAGGGAAAUAAACCGACCAGCAGAUCAUUACUGUCUCUCGUUGACUUGCCAGCAUCACAAGUUGGUGUUUUUAUAAUCUGGAAAAUCAGUGUUAUGUUUUCAGUUCUGUAGCAGUAUACACACUGAAUGCAUCCCUUUUUAGUGUUGGCAGGUUCCUUGCCAAAGCAAUAUGCUGUUGGUUCAUUAAGAUUUUGAGUUAAUUUUGUCUCGUUAGGUGCUCUUUAUGCCAAAGGGUUUUUUCUCAUCAUUCUUUAUAUCAGUCAAUUUAUAACACAUUUAAAAGCUGUAGUUGUGUAUAGUUUAGUCUAUCAAAUUUGUCACCUGUCAAUUUUAUUUCCCUUUUCUUCAGAAAAUAAUACUUCCUCAAAAAUGACUGUAACACCCUGGAUAAAGAUUGAUUUGUACACUCUGGCUGAGGGGGGGAUUUUAUAUUUAAAUAAAGUACAUUUCAACUGUU